UGGUGUUGGUGUGUAAACAUGGAGCGCUCUACUCGUAAAAAGUUACUAGAUUCCAAGAAGGCACAGCUUGCUGAAACCAUCGAUGCAGAUGCAAUCGCUAAGGAAUUGGUCUUAAAAGAUGUAAUAAACGAAGGCAUAAGAGAUCUGAUUCUCAAGUUGAAAACCAAUAAAGAGAAGACGAAUAAACUAGUGGACGCGCUCAAGAUCACAAAGGUGAAGAAGUUUGAGCUGUUCUGUAAUGUGCUUAGUGAACAGGGCCACGAGAAACUUGCCCAAGAGCUCAUGCCGAAAGAAAAAGACCGAGAUAACGAAGGGAGACGGAAGAACAGAACUCCAUCUGCCGGUGACGCAAAACUUAACUCAUCCGUUUCAGGCAGUUACGUCGACGUCUUCAAAACAUGUCGUAGUUGUUUCAUCAGUGACGUAUCAGCCGAUCCAGAGAGUUUAAUUCGAAAGCUGGAGGCGGGAAAUGGAGUAACCCUGACGAGCGCCACCAAGCGGCAGCUAGAGCUCGAAUCUCACGCAGAGGCAAAGGCUGAGAUAUUGUUCGACGCCAUAUUGCCUCAAGUCAAUGAAUACGGGCCGUUUUUCGACCUUGUGCAGCUCUUACGAGACCCAUUUCAACAUCUCUCCAACAGUUUAUGGGAACAGCUGAAGAACAUCGUAGUGCCCCCAAAGAGUGGUAAGCGCAAAAAGCACAGCGCAGGAAGUUUCCACUCAUCUGUCCCAUCAUCAUCAGGUAGCUGUAGAGGGUCUCCCAGCAACACCCGAAAUGGUGCCUCCAAUGACGUCAUGAAGUCACUGACAAACCUGCAGUCAGACCUCACAGAGUCACAGAGUGACAGUCUGAAGCAGUCCUUACAGCUAGAGAAGUGCAUCCAGACAACAGCUGAAGCUAACUCGGCCAUCAAGAAGCUCAAGGAGCAACUAGCACUCGCUGAGGAUGACAGGGAUGUUGCCACCUCCCAAGCAGAUAUGGCGAGGCAGCAGGCCACUGAAGCACGACAGCAGCUUGAAGUUGGCCUGACUGAGGCGGAAGGAGAGAGGAAGAGACUGGAUGACCAGCAUCGCAAGUGGGAAGGCCAAAUGAGGAGGCGAAUGGCAAUGCUGGAGCAGAAGGAGACUUAUCUUGCAUCCAAGGAAGUUGAGAUAAAGCGACGGGAGGAGGAAGGAAGGCAACGCAUCCAGCUUACCAGACGCCAACAAGAAUCUCUUGAGAUGAAAGGACGGGAUAUGGCCUACCGGGGUGAUCGCCAAGAACGUCGUAGCGCCGAGCAUUACGUCAGAGAGGAUAGGAUCAAAGAACGGGAAAGCAACAUCGAGAACAAGGAGUCGCAGCUGGCCGAGAAAGAAGAUGAGGUCACGAAGAAAGAAGGUGCCCUGAAAAAGAAGGAGAUCGAUUUACGUCGUAAAGAAAUAGAGACAGUACGCCUCGAAGAGCAGAUAAAGACGAUGCAGGUAGCGCAGCGAAAGGUGGCAGCUCAACUUAAACAGAGAGAGCAAAAUGUGGCCCGGGCAGAAGAAGAUUUAACGAUCAUUGGCGAGGGUCUGGAGCAGCGUGAGAAGAAACUCAAGGAGAAAGACGCUAAACUUAAACAGAAGGAUUUGCAGAUACAAGAGGCAUCGAAGGAGUUGGAAGAACAACAGAACCAAGUUGAUAAGAAGGAAAGAGACGUCCAGGAAAUGGCACAGGAGCAGCGGGAGUGGGAAAUCGCCUUGGAAACCAAGGCAGAGGAGAUGGGAGAUGCUUCAACAGAAUACGAGAAGAGAGAGGAAAUACUGCGUCAGAAAGAAGAUGAUCUCAUGUUCAAGAAGAAAGAGAUGGACAGUCUGCAGGAUGUCUUGGAUUGUCGCCUACAGGCCCAGGAGAGAAUGGAGCGUGCCCUGAGGAUGAUUGAGGUUGAGCAGAUACGCCGUGAUAAAGAGCUCCUUAACAGGGAGGCUGAGCAUUUCCACAGUCUCCCAAACCGAGAUAAGAUGACUGAGAUGGAAGACCGCUUGGAGGAGCUUGAGAAGAAGGAUGGAGAGCUACAGAAACGUGAGGAGCUCCUCAGCUGGAUUGAGGUAGAGCAACAGCGUCGAGAGGUAGAGCUACAAAAGGAAGAGCUGAGGACGGAGAAGGCACUUAGACAGAAACAGGAACUUGGGGAGCAUCCAGAUGAGGCUGAUUUUGACAUGGAUGAUGACCAGAGGACCGAAUUGGAGUCUGUUCCACUUAGCGAGAACCAGGAUAAUGAACAAACAGCACACGGCUUUGAGAUCGCUCUGAAGGGUGCCCGAUAUCCUAGACAAUCCAGGAAAGAUUUCUUUGAUGUAAAAGCAGCCGGACUUCAGACUGUUGGAGAUUUCAAGAAUGUCUUGGAAGCAGAAGAAGGGAUACCGGCCAGUUGGCAGAAGCUGUACAUGAACGGUCAGCUCUUGGAAGAUAACUCGCCAAUACCCAGCACGGACAAUGGCGGUCCGAAACCCAAGUUUGAAAUGCGAUUGGCAACACCUGCUAUGAACCAACGGAACCUUUUCAAACUAAAGGUGAAAAGUUGUCAUGGUCCCACCCACACCAUAGACUUCUCUUCUGAAGAUACCGUUGCGUUGGCCAAGUGUCGGAUUUACAAGUAUACUGGCAUACCCCCUCACCAGCAGCAGCUUUCGUACAAAGAAGUACUGCUGGAGAACCACGCCUCUCUCCAGCUGUACUCAAUCAGGAAGAAUGCGACCCUUGACCUCAGGUUGAGGUUUCCUGUGGUUGCUAAGCUGUCUGAAACUGAGGAGCUUGUCAUAACCGCAGAUGAGAUCAACACCACUGCAAACAUCAAAGCCACCAUCUUCGAGAGGACCAAAAUACCACUGGAUCACAUAAAGAUUUCUUACAAAAACAAACAACUGGAAGACUACCGAACUUUGUCCCACUACAACAUCGAUGAGGGUGCCAUUCUUCAAGUUACCUGCCCCGUGGUAGUCCAGCUUCUCCCCGCUGGUACCGACAUCAAUGUGGACGUGGAACCCGGAAUGACCGUGACCCACCUAAAGCCUCUCCUUGCCCGCAAGAAGAACCUCCCGAUCGAAAAGAUGUACCUAGUCUGCGGUGACCAAGUCCUUGCAGACGAUCAAGAUGUGAUUGAGCUACUGAGAGCUAAUAAGGAUAUAACCAUGCACGUUGGUAACGUGCUCGUUAUGUCCUCUUCUGGCCAAUUGACGCAGGAAUCCGCUGAAAAUAAGGCAGAUAAUUCACAUCUUGACCAGGCCCUUGACCUUAGUGUGUCCUCUUUGAAUCUCAAGCAACCUCAGUCCACUCGUUAGGGUUUCUUGUCCUUACUCUAUGUUAUAACAAGGCGAUGCACGCGAUGGCAAUUUACAGGCAGUUUCCAUGAAAAUGACAAAAAAUCACAUGCUUAUUUCCACAUUGUCUUAGGGAAAGUAAGAUACUAUUAGAAAAAAAUUAAUACCCUAACCUGCGGCGCAGUUGGUUGCCUCCAAGUUUACUGUUAUAAUUGCCUUGCUCUACAUGAGCCGAGAAACCAACACAUAUGCCUUCUAGCUAAGCCUUAAUGAAUCCCCACAAGCUAUGAGUCCCUUCGCCCAUAGAGGGACAUAACUGCAACACAAUUUUUUAUUUAAUGAGGUCAUCUGUCCACUACACUGCAUGUAGAAUUAACCGGUGUUUGGUUCUAGGUUAGCAUACACUGUAAAAAUAUAUUAGUCAAAACAACGCUAAUUGGUCAUAAGGGGCAUGGUUUUGAUGCAAGUUAGUCAAAAUCAUGUCUCAUACGACUACUUAGCGUUGUUUUGACUGAUAUAUUUUUUAGAGUGUAUAUAUCUCGUUUUUUUUCAAACAUCGGGUGUCUAUUCUUCAUCGAUUUUCAUCACAUAAGGCUCAUCUUUGCGGUAAACGUGACUUUGAAAUCAAAAUCAGCAGCUGAUACAAGUAACUUUAGGACGGGCAAAGUCUUUUAAAAGAUGAAACCAUGAUGGUAAAAACACUUUCUAUUUCUUUAGAUAAUUUUAAAAGUACCAAUUUUUACGCUUCAUUUGAGCUUUAAUUUUUCUUUCAUCAAUUCUUUAUGCCCUCGACCUUCGAGCACUCGACCUUUUUCCGAUCCAUGCACCCUGAUCUCCCUUUCUUUGUCUAAGCCAUUGCGAGCACAUCGGCAAAACCGCCAAAUUUGAAAUAUUACAUGUUAAGAAAAGCAGAUGAGUUGUUUGGCCAUAAAUACGGAACGAAAGUGUUUUACAAGGAGGCCAAGAUAUGACACAUUAUUUUCAUAUCAAUGCACAUCAUGCAUUCAGAAUUUUAAAUGAUUAGUAACAAAUAAAAUUCGAGUUGGGAUGUUUUUCCUUGGAAGAGCCCGAGUGCCUGAGUGUGACGCAAAUUUUUUCAAGCUGCAAUUACUUCGCUUUCAAAAUAGUAAAUUUUUCCUUCCUUCGUUUUUUUUUUUACAUGUUUUGUUUAAACAUUUAUCUCAGGAGAGAUGAUUAUGCCAUGGCUGAAGAUUUGGUAAGGUAGUACGAACAAAAGGCUGACGAACGUUUAUUUUUUCAUCGUAAAAUGUGUGUAAAAUUAAAAAAGAAAUAUAUAUAUAUUUAAUCUUAUAAUAUUAUAAUAGUAUGUGAAUCAAGUAUAGUCGUAUAAAAUAUAUAAUAUAAUGGGGAACAAAGUGAAAGCGAGAAUAUAAUAAUAAUGAUAAUUUAUUUCAGACAACGCUGUUUGCAUCCAUCGUAGGUUCCCCCAAAGAAAAAAAAACAACUUAAAGUAAACAAGUUUCAUUGUUAUUAAUAAUUUCACCAAACAUUGACAUUCUGAUCACAAUUUGCUUUCAUCGCGUGAUAAAGGUAGGGUCAUAACGCUUGUGUUACAGCGUAGUUUUACAAAGACAGGUAAAUAACAUUUGACAGUUUUAGCUGAAAAACUGCAACAAAAAAACAAAAAACAGUCGCAAUAUUUUCACAAGCGUGUCAAAUCAAUCCAUAAUUAGCAAGGUGACAGCGGGUACCAACCGCAUCAUUGAUGGCUGCAGCAUUCUCGAACGGACACCAGCCAGCCCUCAGACAUCUCAGAAACGAUUUAUGCAUGAAUCGCAUUUAGAGUUUUAGACAUUAAUCUAUGACCCUAACUUUUAAAGGCAGGGUUUGAAAAUUGUCAACCACUCUGGUGGCAAGUAAUUUUCAGAUGCCUGGGAAAGGCUUCAAGCCUAAAGCCAUUCUCAGAUUUAAAGGGUGCCGUUUCUAACAAUAUUAGGAGCGCUCCAGUAGUGCUCUUGCCAAGUAGUUUUUUAUGCACACUAACUAUCAGUGUAAUUGCCAAAGGGAUACCCUGCCUUUUUAGAACAGAAAGUUGUCCAAGACACUUGUCUUUGAAUUCGUGUAGUAUUAAGUAUUUGAAGAAUUUUUAAGGGCACAUUUGUUCAGUGCUCUUGAUAUCUAGUUCUGUUUUAGUCAACAGAUUCGAACAUUUGCCCAACGGUAUGAAUAUUUCACCGAACCCACCUGAUUUUUACUAUAAUUUUAGUAGGGAGAAUGAAAUAUUUAAACAAGUGGUAACGAGGUUGAACCCCAUAAGGCCGUUUCCAAAUUGGCGUCUACAGCUACGGCUACGGCUGUUGAUAAGGGUGUUGCUAAGGACGUCAUAUACCUCAAUUUGGGAAUAAUUUUACCAUUAAAACCUCCAAAAGCCCGCGAGGCUAACUUUGAGUUACGGUUUGUUUAUUUCGCAUUCCCCCUUACCGAGCACCUUAAGAAAUUAUGGCACUUUCUCAACUACUUCUUGAGUCUUGAUUUUAAAACAUAUUAUUGUAUGCACAUCUUUAAUAUAAGUUUAUUAGAACCUACACAAAUUAAGUUGAGUUCCGUAACUAUUGUUAUAAUUGUACGAAUCAAGCAAUAAAAUAAAUAGGUAUUUUAAACUCAUUUUUAACACUUGAAAUCUAGCACCGAUUAAAUAUAUUAGUAACGAAGUUUUAGUUUUGUACAUGUGGUGGGAAAACCACAGAGAACUAUUUCUUAGGGAAACCCACGCAGUUAAGACAGGGACUGAAAACCCAACCCGCAUAGUGCCCCAGCGGGAUUCGAACCGGGGUCGUAGACGUGGCAGGUGAUAAAAGAAACUACUAUACGAUACGAAAACCAUAAACCUCCGCAAU